AAAAAAAAAAAAAAAAAAAAAAAAAAAAAAAAAAAACGCAACACGAUGGAAGACGAAUUGGUGGUGAUAAUCUCAAAGAGCGUCGUAAAUCCUAGAAACGUUAAGAAACCGACUACUGUGAAGGAGAAGAUUCAUCUUUCUCCAUGGGAUCUUGCUCGUCUUCGCUUUGGUUAUCUUCAAAGAGGUCUUCUCUUUCCCAAACCUGAUCCCAAAACUGACAUAAUCGUCUCACGAUUACAAGCUUCACUCUCUGUUGCACUAGAUCGUUUCUAUCCUCUAGCUGGUCGUCUUGUCAAGGUCAAGAACGACGACGAUACUGUCUCGUUUUUCAUCAGCUGCGAUGGUUCAGGUGUGGAGUUUGUUCACGCCGAGGCUAAAAACAUCGAGCUCAGUGAUGUACUUCAGUUGUCUGGUUCUGUCCCCGGUUUUUUCAGUUCUUUCUUCCCUGCGACCGGGAUCAAGAACUACCACGGUGUCUCAAGAUCUUUACUUAUGGUUCAAGUGACCGAGAUGAAAGACGGGAUUUUCAUCGGCUUCGGUUACAACUCAACCGUGGCUGACGCCAGUUCAAUCUGGAGGUUCAUCAACGCAUGGUCUGAGAUUUGUUCAAAGGAUUCGGGAGGAUUCGAGACCUUCCAACAUCGUCUUCAACUCAAAGGUUGGUUCUUUCCUAGAAUUGAUUAUCCAAUCCAUAUCCCCGACCCUGAAACAAAAGCAACUAGUUCUGUAACAACAUCAACCAAUUUACAAGAGAAGAUGUUCCAUGUUACAAAGGAGAAUGUUUUGAAACUGGAAGCUAAAGCCAACGGCGAGGCUGAUCAAAAGAUCUCGUCUAUACAAGCGGUGUUAGCACAUAUAUGGUGUUCAAUGAUUAAGCACAGCGGCAUGAGCCGAGAAGAAGAGACCCAUUGCAGGUUACCUAUAAACAUGAGGCAAAGACUAAAUCCACCGCUGGAAGCAGAGUGUUUUGGGAAUGUGAGCCAGACCGGGAUAGCUCCCGUCACGGUUGGUCGAGAUCAGUAUUGAUCUUAUGCACUGGGGUGAAAAUAUACUCGCCUACAUGGCCGAUAUGUUUCUUCUUCUUCUCUCUCUCCCUCCCUCUCUCUCUCUCUCUCUCUCUCUCUAUAUAUAUAUAUAGAACCCUAAUUUAGAGAAUUGGCGGCGUUGAUUUGAUUGCUAUGCAACUUACUUAUUGCUACUUUUAUUUGAACAUGUAUUACAUAUGAUUUGGAUAACUUACUUAUUGGUUACUUUUAUUUGAACAUGUAUUACAUAUAGAUUGCUGCUAGUUACAAAAUCAAAUUUGUUGAAUCAGUGCCAUUGUUUUGUGGGGGUUUUAUUUGAUUAUUAAACAACAAACAAACGCUAAGUUUGAUUAUUUUCGGGUUUGUGACUGUUAUUUUAUUCCAAUUGCCCUCUUUCCUUUCCCUUUGGAUUAUGGUGUAGAAUACAUUAACUUUGUUAUUAUGCUUGUGAGGUCCUUUUAUUUAUUUUGGCUUCAGGUUCUUUUUUUAUCUGCUGCCGCUGCUAUAUAUAUACAUAUGAUGAUCCAAUCCAAUCUACUGUAUAGAUUUUGGCUUCUUCUUCUUCUAUCUUUUAUAACUUCUUAUGUUUCUUCUAACUUGUUAUUAUUAUUUGCUUUGCAGGUCAA